AUGACGAAUAUCUCUAGCUAUACAGAGAAAAUAGGAAAGGUAAAUAAUUCGAUCAUAAAUACAUUUAUAGAUGAAAGCAAUUUUGAAGAGAGUCAAUAUACAGGAAAUACAGUGCAAAAGUCUGAAUUAAAUGGAAAAUUAGAUGCUAGUAAUGCUCAGGAAUCUUUUACGGUUCUCUCUGCUCUUGAUGAUCCUGCAGAACUACCAAUUGAAAUAGAAGGAGUUUGUGGAGUUACUAAACAAUUAAAUGUCUUAGGAUUACUUUCAAAUAAUACAAACUCUGAGGAAGUUACAAAAAGAAGUGUCAAAAAUUUUUCACUACCAAAUAUAGGACUUGAUACAGUAAUAAAACUAGGAGAUAAAUCAUAUGAAUAUUCAGGAGGCGAAGAAUGGAAACCAAUGAGUCCAAGUCUAAGAUGGCAAAGAUCAAUGGCCUCUGAAAAUGCUACUAUAACGUCAUCUUCUCUACCAAUACAGAGGGGAAAAAUGAAUAGUCCAAAUAUAAUAAGGGAACUUGAGAAUGAGCUUGAAAAAACUAAGGGAACUAUAAUUCUAAAUUCUACUGGUGAGAAAUUUUAUGAUUAUAACUCAGGCAAAUAUAGAGAGGCAAAAGCAGUAUGGACAGAUGAGCCCUUAAAACCAAUACUUUGCAAAGCACAAACAGACAAAAAGAGUAAUAAAUAUCAAAAUCCUGAAAUGACAAGGAGUAUAACUAAUAAUAGUAAAGAUUCUAUAUCUAAUAUUAUAUAUUCAAAUAUGGAUGUACCAGAAGCUAAGAUGACAACUAUGGAAAAAUUUGGAAAUAUUAAAGUACCUAUUAGGAGUACAUCUUCAAUGAUGACUUUUGCAGCUGAAAGAGCUAAGAACUCACAAUCAGAAAAGGAUAGUAAAAUAGAAUUAGAUAUAUUAAAUAUGAUAGAUCCAAUGCAGGAUAAAAUUUUAGAUAAAACUUUAUUAAAUAACAAAUCAGCUAUGUCAACAAUGGAGAGCAUACCUGAAAAUAUCCCUAUUGAAAGUUCAAAAUUCAACAAUAAUAAUGAAAUUUUAUAUAAGCCUUAUAUAAAUGAAGAACUUAGAAAAAAAAUAUUAGGAAAGAAGCUUAAAAGUGGAGAUAUGAAAAUGCAGGGGGCUUUAGAUAAAAAAGAAAUUAAACAGAUUAAAACAAAAUUCGAAAAAAAGUAUGGAGUAACUCUUAAUAAUGAGAUAGAUUUAGAAGUUAUUAGUGAAUCUCUUAUUUCUACAGAGAAAUUUAAGAAGCAUAUUAAUGUGACUAAACAAUUAGAAACACUCAAAACUUCUAUUGGUUGGUUUGAUUGUCAAGAUAAGGAAAAUGAAGAUUUCCAAUGUAUUAGAAAUGAUGCUUCUGAGAAAAGAUCCAAAGAAAAAGAAUCGCUUAUAAAUAGGAUUAUUGAUAAUACUACAAGUUAUCCUUGUUUUGAUGAAGUGUUAUUUCAAAAUUCAUUUAGGGUACAAGAUCCAAGUAGAUGUAACAAGGUAACACAAAUAACCUUGGCUCAAGAUGCUACAACUGUUCCAGAUUCAACUGAGAUGUUACUGGGUAUACAUAAAAAGCAGUACACACCACCAAUAUCGGAUAAGCUUCCAACAGGUUUACCAGCUCAUAUUCAAGAUCCUAGAAUUGUUUGGAAGCAAGAAUUUCAAUCUAUUCCAUAUGAUUCUAUAGCUAAUCUUGUAUCUAAAAUUGAUCAUGGUACUUGGGAUGAAAUUGAGAAUGAUUUAGUUAUCAAUAGCUUUACAUCAAUGGGCUUAAAAUCUUAUUUAACAUUUAAAUCACACUCAAGUAUUAAUUUAAGAGAGUUUGCAUAUAAUUCACUAUAUAGUCUUGAAGCUCCCAUUAAUGUUUCACCAAGUCCUUUACCUCCUUUAGCUAGUCCAAAUGGUAGAUGUAAACUUGAUACAAACACUACAAAACCUUCAACAAACCCUUCAACAAACCCUUCAAUAAACCCUUCAACAGCUAUAAAAUCAAAUUAUUUAACACCAUCAAGUGCAUUUCAAUUGCCUACUACAGGAAAGUCCCGAAUAGAUGUAACAACGAUUAAUUAUAUCCCUGAAUAUGAAGCUUUUGAAAUGAAACUUUGGAAAAAUUACAAUUAUCCAUUACAUGUUGCUAAUACAGGAAAGAUAAAAAAAUAUAAAUUAGGUAAAUUUGAUAAAUUUAAACCGAUUACUAUGAAUCAAUUGGUUGGAAUGGCAGAUAUAUGGCAAAAAGAAAUUGAUGCUCAAACUACAGAACAAAAAAAAGGACUAAAAUUAUUAGAAGGAACUCAUGAAGAAUCUGCGAGUGCAGAUACAUAUAUUGAAAAACUUACAAGUGUUGUACUUGAUGAGUAUAGCAAAUUAGAUAAAAAAGAUAUUAAUAAUUUAUUUGAUGUAUUAGUUUCAAAUAAUGUUCCAACUAUACCAAAAUCUUCAGUAGCUCCUAAAACGAAGUAUGAUGAAUUUGGAUAUAGGAAAAUGGGUAUGGUGCCUGGAAGAAGUGCACUAUACUCUUUUAAAGAUAUGAAUUAUCCUGGAAGACGAAUUAUGAGGGAGGAUUUAAGUUUUGGAAGGAGAAAAAGGCAAGUGAAAGUAGGUGGUCUUAAAGAUGAAAAAGGAGCCAUAAGUCCAACAUUACAAAAUAAAAGGAAUGUUACUCCUGAUAAACACACAAAUAAAAAUGCUUUGAAUGUUGAUUUGGAUGAAUAUGCUACAGAUGAAGAGUCAUCCUUAAGCCAAAGUAUCUUACACAAAAUAAAAAAACCACAUUUGCUUACUCAUAAAGGCCUUGAUAGAGAUGAAUUUGAACAAAUAGAUCAAGAAUCUGAAUUAUAUGAAGAUGACAUAUCAGUCUUAGACGAAUAUUAUGAUGAAGAAGAUGAGUAUAUUAGUGAUCUAGAUGAAUCUGUUGAUUAUCACACUAUCUGUCGUUCUAUUGAUGUUACUGAAUGGGAGCCGACCAAUCUUAUACUAACUAGAGUAUUAUUUAAGUCAAUGAAGAGUAUAUAUGUUACAUUGGCAACUGUUUUUUUUAGGAACUUUAAAUCAAAAUACAGAAUUGAAAUAUAUGAGCUCGGAGAACAUACUAUAAUUGUGUGGAUAGAUAGAGAUCGUAUAAAGUUUAAGGAAAGACUAUUGUCUUGCUUUACCUUAAAACAAGAUAAAUUGAAAGUUAAAGGUGGUAUAUACUUUACUCCAGAUGCAGAAAUAUCUCCUAUUGAACCUUGUGCUGAUAUCCCUGGGAAUUUUGUAUUUCAAGUAUCUGGUGUGAGCUUGGCUCAUAUAUUAUUAAAGAAUGAACCAAAAAAAAAAUUAGAAAUGAUCGAGGAUUUUACAUCUCAAGUUAAUCUUAGGAAAGAAGUUUCUUUUUAUGAUAGUGAGGAUUCAAAUUCUAUUAAGGAGGACGUAAAACAAGAAGUAGAUAAAAAAAAGAGUAUUCAUGGAGGAUUAGAAAUUAACACUGAAAAUGAUAAGAUUGCCGAAGGAAUUAAUAUACAAUCAUUCGUUCCUGCUAUGAACAGCAAUGAGAUCACUGGAAAUAAUACUAUUGCUAUAUUAACUACUGAUAUAAAGCUUCAAGGUUUAAUGCCAAUUGCACUAAAAGGAGAACCUAAAAUAACCGUGAGAUUUAGUUUAAGACGUGAUAGACUAGUUUUAUGGAGAUCAGUUAGAUGCCAAAUAUGGCGUUGUCAAUAUAUUGAUCUAUGUUAUAAAUAUAAUCUAGUUCCAGCUAAAAAAGUUGUUAGUUAUAUUACAAAUGCAUUUUCAAGAGUUAGACAUGGAGCUCCAUUGGAUAUGAGUGGUAUUCCCUAUCAAUAUGAAAUAUUUUCACAUUGUUUAAAUAUAGCUUUGGUGCAUCAAGAACCUAAAGAAAUCUCAUUCAGAGGCUGUUAUAUGAAUGAUGAAGGUUUAUCUCAAAUUUUUAUUUUAUUGAAACAAUUCAAAAGCAUUUUUAAGCUAGAUUUUGGGAUCAAUGAUUUAACAAUUAAAUCUGCACCAUUAGUCUUAGAAAUUGUACGGAAUUCCAAAUGUAAAAAGUUGUUAUUGGACUUUAAUCACUUUGGACCAAGCAAAACUAAAAGAGACUUUGCACAAUUUCUUAGACACUUAUUAUUCUCUUGCGAGAUAAAAGUAUUGGAUUUCUCAAGAAACCGUAUUAAUGGAAGAUGUAUUGAUUUUUUUGAUACGAUUAUAGGUAGCUUACCAUUUAGAAAUAAGACUUUGGAGAAGUUAAUAUGGUGCUCAAAUGAUAAUACACAACCUGAAAUUGAGACAUUGGUACUUGCAUUGCAGCCAAUAUGUAUUUCUUUAAAUAUGGUUGUUGUUGGAGGUAAUCCAAUAGAAAGAGUUGAUGCAAUAAAACGACGUUUUAAGCCUAUACAAAUGUCAAUGGAAGAUCUUACAGUUGCUUACCUCAAGACUGAAGAAAGGGAAUCCUUGGAUCAUGAUUAA